CCUGAGUGUAAACGACACAGGUCUCUUUCUUGUCAGCAUGGGCAUGCUGUUUUGUUUCUCUCUGCACAGCAUGUCGUCCUAGUAAAACACAGAACUCAGCACACAGUAAAAGACACAUAGCACACAGUUAACCCUUUGAUCGCCCCAGAUGUUAACACCUUCCUGCCCAGUGUCAGUUAGUACAGUGUCAGUGCAUUCUGACACUGGGGGGGAACUAACUUGGUGUCACUGACAUCCCCAGUGACACCAAUACAGU